UUUAAUCAACUGCUGACAUGGAACUAUUUUGUGUGUUUUGUGUAAAAAUUUGUACAUAAUAUUUUUUGUUUUGUAUAAAACUCUAUUAGUUAUUUUGUUUCCUUAUUCUAUUUAAUAUUAUUUCUAAUGAAUUUACAAAACGUGCAUUUAAAAUAAAUUGAAACCAAAAAAGAAAAAAACAAAAACGAAAGUGAAAUAACUUUUUGUUUAGAAAUUGAAAGGAAAAUUCAGAAGAACCCAAUAAGAAGGAAAUAAUAAAAUAUAGAAAUACGAAAUGUCUCAGCACGAUGCAGAGGAGCACCCCCAACAACAACAACAAUCGGAUAUCACAAGUUUGCAAGAGAAUUUCAGCAAACAGCAAGAAAAAAUAUCCGCCUUAAAGGAGCUCGUACGAAAAUCCGAAGUAGCACAUGGGAAAUCAACUUCCUCGGCCCAAGAGAAAGUCAAGAAUAUUGCCCUACGAUUAACAAAUUUGCAAUCGAAAGCACGAUCACGUCAGAACCUCGACUCGUCUACCACAUCCCUCAACGAAUCCCAUUAUCAAUCACAAGAAAACUUACACCAUUCACUAUCGACGCAAUGUAGCACAACAACCGAUGCCGGAGGUGGAUACUCCUCCGAUACUCCCCAUCGACCACUGUCGGCUCGCAUCGAAACACCAGGCAGUGAGAAAAUCCUCCUUUUGCGCAAACAAAUGGAAGAGAAUAAAGUCAAAAUGGCCGAACGCGAGCAUAGUAAGCGAGAAAUCGAGCAUAUGGUGACACAAUUGAAGGCGAAAUUCGACACAACCCAACAGUGCUUGGAGCAUUCGUCGGAACUGGGUCGAUCUAUGGGCGAUCUGAGUGCGUUGUCAUACAGUUCGGUGGGGAGUAAGGUGAGAUCGGCAACAGAUUUGGCUUCGGCGCCAUUCAAUCUCGACAAGGAGCGCAUAAAGUUCCUGGAUAAUCGAGUUCGCUUGCUUGAGAAGCAACUGGAGAAGGAGAAAACUUCUUCAGAUGCCUCUAAGCGGGUUAAAGAACUCGAGAAUAAGAUUCUUGAGCUGGAGGAAGGUCUGAAGGAAAAAAGAACUCACGACUUGGUUGCCCAUUUGAAUGACCAUGACGUGGAGGAAAGUUGGCAGAUCGAAAACGAUCGCCUGAAGACCGAAUUGGAGGAGAAGUCAAAGCGAAUAAUACACCUCGAAGAAGUGAAUGACAUCCUUGAAACAGCCAAAUGUGAUCUGACCGAAAAAUCCCAGGAACUCGAAGCUAAACUCCAAGAAUCCCAGACCAAGUGUGAGAAACUGGAAGAAGAAUUAGAAACAUUAAAAUCCUUACAGAGUAAUACAAACUUUGAAAUGCUCACCGACGGAGAUAUUGAUCGUCAAGUCGAACAAGAGCUCCUCAAACAGGUCCACCAACUCGAAUCAAAGAUACAAAAUCUAGAAGAGGAGAACGAAGAGCUGCGUCAGGAGAAUGAGAAUAUCCAAGAGAAGCAUAAACCGGAAGGACAAGAUAACACGGACAGUUUAGAAGCCACAGUCGAGUCUCAGCGAGAGGACAUUAUGAAUCACAUCGAGAGGGUGAGGACUCUUGAAGAGGAGCUCAUGGAGAAGACUAUCGAGUUGAAUGUCCUGAAUGCCAAUUUCGCCGUUCUCGAGGAGAAACUAAAAGUUCCAAGUCGAAAACCCCUAUUUUCGACAAUGAGCGACGGUGAAAUAACAACUCUCAAAGACGAACUGGCAGAGACAAAGAAAAAGGCCUCAAGUCUUGAGAAACAACUAAAUGAAUUCAAGAGAAUGUCCGAUUUGCAUGCCUCUGUAGCCGAGCUGACCGACGAAAAUGAAGAACUCCAGCAAAAGAUCACCGAAUUGGAGGACGAGAAGGGACAACUGUUGCUGAAAUUGGAGAGCGGAGAGCACACAACAAUUGUGACAGAAAUAGAAAUCGAAAAGAAGAUCGAAUACCUGGAAGCGACUUGCCAAAACCAAACAUCUGCCAUUCAACUGCUCGAAGAACAGAAAAUGGACAUGAGCGAAGAUCUGGAAUCGACGAAGUCUGAAUUGGAGUGCGCCAGAGUGGUCUCGGAAAUGGAAUCAAUUCAACUGGAGGAACAAGUCAAUUCCAACAAGCUAAAGAUCGAAGAACUCCAAAGGGAAAACGUGGAUCUGGUAAAGGAGGUCGAAGAGUUGCGCGAGGAGAAAACUUCGCUAUCGAAGAAAAUGGAACACUAUGUCGCCGAGAACAUGGAACUUCUGGACAAGAUCGAGAAGCUCAGUAAAUCCAGUUCAUCAGCUGAAUCGAUAGAAAUUGUUGAGCGACUGACCCAGCAAGAUCGUCUUGAGAUUGAAGCCUUUAAUAAGCAUGCAGAGCAGCAAGAGGAAUCUCGUCUGUUGACUGAGGGCCCAGCAAUAAGUGGCCAACAGCCAAUGGAUCCCGAACUCACUGAUUGUUUGGUGAAACUAAAAGAAGAAAGUUCCGAGUUGAUGCACAAAAUCGAACUCUUUACAACCGAGCGUAAAGAAGUUCUCGAGAAGAUGGAAAGUAUUACCGCCGAGAAUCAGGAGCAUUUGCGAAAAAUCGAUCGAUUGUCGGUUGAGAAGAUGGAGCUGGAAAAGUCCAACGCCGAAGCUAACCUCCAAAAAGAAGCCUUACAGAAGAAAUUCGAUGAUGCAAACGCCGAAAAAGAGACAAUCCGCAGAGAAAUCCGAGAGGUUUCAGCUGAAAAGACCAAAAUCACUGCUGAAUUGAUUAAUAUGGUUAAGGCAGCUUCCAUAAGUGCCCCUAGCGAUGGCAAAGAUUUGCUGGACAAAUGCGAGAAGAGUUUAGCCAAAUUGAACACCGAGUUGGAGAACUAUCGAAAGGUAAACGACAAGAAUGCCAAAUCCAACGCGGCCAAAAAGCUCUCCAAGGAAGCAAAGAAUACCCAUCAGCAAUUGACGGAACUGUUGCAGAAGGUUAAAUCUGCCACAGCUGAAGCAGCGGCAGUGGUAAGUUCGCCAGUAGACGAAGCCAAAAUUGAAGAACUUCAAUCAGUCGUUGCUGAGCUUCGGGCAGAGCUUACACACGCGACAACUGCAUCCGAAGAGAAGGACACUCUGAUCGCACGCCUCAACAAGGAGAUAACUUCUCUAAAAGUUAUGUCCGAAGAGUUCGAUAAGUUGAUUAACGACAAAGAAAUGGCGCAUGAGAAGCAAAUAGAGCACCUAACUCGCUUGCGUCAUGAACUCGAGGCCAAGAUAGAGACGUCCGAUGCCGAGAUGAAGAUCCUCCAGGAGCUGAUUGCUGAGCAGAAGCAGCAGUUGAUCGAGGCCUACACAGAUAGUGAAAACGAAAUUGCUAAAAAAGUCGAGGAACUCAAUGCUCGUGACGCAGAGGUGUCCAGGCUCAAGGAGGAACUCAGCGCUCUGCAAGAGAACAGCGGUCAAGUUGGUCAACAAUUCUCCAACGAUCUUCAGCUGGAAGUGGAUAAACUGCGUGAAGCCUUGUCUAUUAACAAAGGUCUCCUCGCCGAGCAAAUUGAUGAUCUAACCAAUAAGCAAGAAACUAUUGAAACCCUUAAUGCCCAAAUAAUGGAACUCUACAAGACAAUGGAGGAGAAUUCUGAGAAGGUGAUCGAGAAGGAAGACGAAAUUGUCCUGUUACAAGAGCAACUUGAGACAAACAGAGCUAAGAUAGAGGAACUAACCAAAGAAAAUGAAGAAAAUAACUCGGUUGUUGAUAAACUGUUGCUUGAGUUGCAUUCUCAAAAGAGUAGCUUGGAAAAAUUAGCCCAAUUGCCGAUUUUGGAGGAUGAUCUAAGUAAGCUCAGGGAAGAAAAUCAAACUCUAGAGGAGAAUCUCCAGAUUGCCGAGCUACGAUCAAGUCAGUUGGAGAAAACAGUAAAGGACCUGGAACACAAGAACAAGGAGCAACUUGAAAAACUGAAGAAAUAUGCCGCUAACUUGAAGAAAAAGGUAACCCAGUGUCAGGAGUUUGAAGCGAAGAUAAAGAAUCUAGAGAAAGGAGCAAUUGAUGCUCAAGCCAAUGAGAAGAAUCCCCUAAUUGAAACCUUACAAAAUGAACUACAAGCAAAGGCUUCCGAGUUAGAAUUGAAGGCCCAGGAGAUUCAUGCGAUUCAAGAAGCCACAAACCAACAGAGGCGAUACUACGAAGAGUGUGUGGUCAAGGUACAGGAAUCCUUGGAUGGAGUACAGCAGGAGAUGAUGUUAUUGCGAGAACAGCUGCAAGAAAAAACAGCACAAAUUGAAGAGCUAAAGGUUGCCCAAAACCAAGUAAACAAUCCUGAUAUGGAAAAAAUGCAUGAACAGCUACGACAAUACCACAACCUGAUAAAUGAGAGGAAUGCCAAGAUCGAUGAACUGAAUGACAUAAUCGAAUCCGCAGAACCUUACCACGAUGAGCUGCACAACCUCCGAAGGGAGAUGAACGAGCUGAAGGAAAAGAAUUCAGCACUCCAAAGUCAGAUGAGUGCUAUUCCUCAGGGUCACAUCGAACUUGAAACCAUGCAGGAGCAACUCCGACAGUACCAUAAUCUAGUAAAUGAAAGAAACGCAAAGAUAGACGAGCUAAAUGGUAUCAUUCGAGAAGCAGAGCCCUAUCAAGCAGAGCUACAAGUCCUCCGUGCGCAGUUGAAUGAGAAAAACCAAGCAAUCAAGGAGCUGAAUGAGCAAAAUAUUGCGCUAGGAAGUACGUCGAAACACUUACAGGAUCAAGUAGAUUUCCUACACACAACCAAGGCCACCACAAGCUCUCCAAAUGAUUCUCUCCAGAUCCAAGACGAACUCAGAAAUCUCCAUAACCUGCUGAAUGAAAGAAAUGCUAAAAUCGAUGAGCUGAAUGACCAAAUUCAGUCAUCCCAAUCAUUCCACACGGACGGAGAGGCCUUAAGAAAUCUACACAACGAGCUGAAUGAGAAGAAUGCUAAAAUAGACGAGCUGAAUGACAUAAUUCUAGAAGCAGAGCCCUACCAUCAAGAGCUGCAGGUGCUGCGUGAGCAGCUAAUCGAAAAGAACACAGCAAUCAAUGAGCUGAAUCAACAGAAUAACUCCAACAGUCAAAUGCUCUCGGAACUCACAAUGAUCCGAGAGAAACUCAAUGCCAAGGAAAAGGAAAUCGAGAAGCAAAAUAAGAUCCUUGACAGCACCGAGGAGCAGCUGAGUUCAUUGCAAGAAGAGCUUGAUUCGAAGAAUAACCAAAUUCAGCAGCUGAAUGAACAGUUGAAGAAUAUCGCAGUUCCCAGCGGGCAUUCGUUAGAUGAGGUACUAGUAAAAGACAACAAAAUCGAGGAACUAACGAUGCUCUUCAACGCCAAGAGUCUUAAAUUUGAGAAGUCCAAGGCGGUGAUCAAGGAGAAGAAUAAGGAAAUUCAGCGUCUGAACCACUUGCUGAGUAAGGAAGUGGAAGAGGGAAAUAUUGCCCCAACCAAAGCGUCUGCAGUCCUUGCAUCGCAACCACCACAAUCAGCUACCUCAAAUCUCCCAGCUGAAUUGGAAGAACUUAAGAAAGAAAACACUCGGUUGCGUGAUGAAGCAGCAGCGGAACGAACAUCCUUCCAGGAGACCAUAAGUCGUCUGGAGACCGUCCACGACGGGAUCCAAGCAAAACUCCAAGAGGACAUGAGUUACAUCGAAACUCUCGAGCAGGAGAACAACAAUUUCAAAGAGAAGAUCUGUCGCCUGGAAGAGUGUGUGGCAAUGUUUGAGGAGCGUCGUUCAUCCAUGGAGCGACGGGCCAAUCUGCUCGACGCCCAACUCCAAACUCGCACCGAUGAGCAUGCAAAGGUUGAAGACGAAUUAGUAUAUCGACUCAACAUGCUUUCCGACCACGAUGACAUCAUUGGUCAGCGUCUAUUUGAAGCUCAGGAAGAGAACGAAAUGCUAGCGAACCGUCUGGAAACUCUGAAAACAGAGCAUUCAGCUCUGGUCGCGAACCAUGCCAAAUUGGAAAAGGAAUAUGCCGCCUUCAAAGAACACACCAAAAAUAAUCUGGAAAGCGAGAAUCAAUCUUUGAAGAACCACGUAGCAAAAAUCGAUGAGGAAAUGAAGCACUUACGGGAGGUUUAUGAAUCUCAACUGGUUGCCAAGAACUCCGAGAUCGAUGAGCUGGAGAAUGACCUGAGCGAACAGCUGAGAGUUAUAAACGACGAGAAACGAACUCUCACGGAAGAACUAGAGAAGACGAAGGACGAAAUAAGCGAACUCAAGGACGAGCGAAUGCGUCUGAAUGAGACCAUGAACUCCCUGGAGCAAGCAAAGUCCGAUUUGGAGAGAGAAUCCACUUGGAUUAAGAUGCAAAAUGAAAAUCUCUCUCAAGAUCAGUUUGAAUUGCAGGAACUACGUAUGCAAUCGAUGCAGGACAAAACCGAGCUGGAGAACCUCAAACACCAGAUAGACACGUUGGUGCAGAAUCACGAUAUCGAAUUGAAUGCUUUGCGCACCCAAAUUGCCGAGCUGGAUUCGAUGCGAAUGCAAGUUGGCCAAAAUCAGACAGACGACCAAGUGUUCAUUGAGACGGAGAACAAGCGUCUCACCGAUUUGCUUGCCGAAAAAGAAGCACUCAUCGAGAACUACCAGCGGCAGAAUCUUCAGCUGCAAAUGAACGCCUUGGCAGCUCGACAACAACCAGUGGAUCCAUUUGCAAGCCUCACCCAGUCCGAUGACAACGCUGAAAUGGCACUUUUGCGAGAGAAGUGCGAUCGCCUGGAGAGGGAAGUGGCCGAGAAACAAAGGGAACUCGACCAAAUGAGAAUGGAACAGCAUCAAGUUGUUGUUCCUCCACCGUUGGCGUUCUUUGGCGGCGAACAAGCAAUGCCGUCUGUUUUUGACGAGAUCGUAACCAGUCGUCAUGUUGAAAGUCUGCACGGAGCUGUGUCCAGUCGACCAAUCGGCGGCCCUUCAUUCCCAGAGGAGCCUGCUGGCAACCAGCAAACAAUCGAAGAUCUGCAGAGAAAUGUCUCGGAUCUGGAGAAGCAUGCUCAAGACUUGGAGAACAAACUUGCCCAUCGCACUGCCGCUCACGAGGACAGCUUACGGCAGCUGGAGGAACUAAAACUGACAUUUGAAAUCCGAAUGCGGGAGUAUGAAGAUCGAAUCAGAGACCUUGAACUCAGACAAGACACAAAGGCGAUUGAUAGUCAAAUUAUCACCACAGAGCAAGUUCCUUCGUUGGAUAUGUUCUUCCGGGGAGCUCCAGAGCAAUCGCCCUUCGAGAGCAUCGUUAUUCCUCAAGUUUCAGCCGAGCCCGUUGUGGAAGAAGCGAUUGUCCCAGUGAAAGCUUACGCCUGUCAACCAGCUGAGCAACUUGAGCUCGAUGAAGGUUGGGGUUGGGGCUCAGAGGAAGCGGCCCUCGAGGCAAAACACUUCGCCACCACAAGUAAUACAUCACUUCUGCCACCGCAACAGCAGUUGGAAUUGAAACUACAAGAACACAACGAUCGAAUUCAAGAGCUCGAACUCGAGCGUGAUCGCUUGGUGCAGCAAAAGCAGGACAUGCAGGUCAAAUCUGGAAAACUUAUGAAAAAACUCAAGGAGUAUAAAGCAAAGAUCGAUGAGUUGUACUCACAGGCCGCAUUCCGCAAGUCCUCGUCGGUGGAAUCAUCCGAUCUUGAUUUGGCUAUUCAAGAAGAGAUGAAGUCCCAGCUGAAGCAAUUGGAAGAGAAGCUAGCCGAGGCCAAAAAGCUAUCCGAAACGCAGUCCCUCGAGAAGGAGAAUCUUCUAAAGAGAAUCGAUGUGCUGUCAGCCGGAAACGAGAGAAUGGCAGAGAUGAAAGAACGCCAGGACAACGAUGUGGCGAUGUAUAAAUCUCGCGUCCGUGAACUAACCGAAAAGGUGAAGAGUCUUGAAGAAUGGAGUGCUGCAGCUUCGACUAACGAACCAGCGCAACCAACAACAUCAACAACAGAUUCUUUGAAUGCAGACGCAUCUAUAGCAACCCACGAACUUCAAAAUUCUAAUAAACUCCUCGAGAAGAAGGUAGAAGAGCUAUUGUCCGAAAUUGAAGAUAUAUCUGGCGACCGCACGGAACUCCAAGCACUUCUUGACGAGGAGAAAGCAAAUGUCCAACGAGCUGAGCAGACAGUCAAGUCAUUGAAUGAAAAACUCACCCGUUUGGAGAAUUCAGUGAGUUCUGAAAACUCAGAUCAGAAGUUCCAAUUCAACGAGAUCAAACUUGAGAACCAAAACCUCAAAUCUCAACUCACCGAUGCCCAGGGAGUCAUUACGAAGGAGAAAAAAGAACGCCUGGAAGAGUUGAAACGGUUUGAAAAGCAAAAUGAAGAACUCACCAGAGAAAUUUCUAAGCUUCAGUUGGAUUCAACAAAGGCCAAAGAACUAGAAGUCAAGCUAGACCAAGUUGCCAGCGAGAAGCAAAACUUAGUUCAAGAAAUCGAAGCUCUUCGAAUGGAGAUGUCAUUCACACCCAAACCAGGUAACGCUUCAGACGAACUUCAAGAGCAAAUAGUUCGUCUUACGUGCGAUUUCGAAUCGGUUGUCAUGCAAAAUCAAGAUUUGGGCAAAGAAGUCGAUCGCUUGCGAUCUGAAGCUGCCAAGUUAAACGAAACAAAUCAACAACUUACGCAAGAAAUCAGCUCCCUCGCGCUUCAGCAAUCAUUCAGCGCUCAAAACGCUGAUAAAUCCAUCGAUCUGGAGUCGGAUGUUAAUCGUCUGCAAUUGGAGCUUCAAUCAUUGAAACAAACAAACCAAGAGCUAUCCGAUGAAAUUAAUAGAAUCAAGUUGGAGUCCACUUUCAACGUUGGAUCAAGUGGCGGAUUCCUAGAAACCGAAAAGCUAUCAAAUGAAAUAAAUCGUUUGAAUGUUGAAUUGAGUUCAGUUGUUCACAGAAAUGAAGAACUCACCAAAGAAGUUGCCCAAUUGCGUGAAGAGUUGUUUGAAAAAGAAACCCUCCAAAGUGAAGUGACAAGACUUACUCAGGAAAACCACUCCCUGAACACUCAAGUCGGCCACUUUAAGUUGGAAUCAUCUUCGUCCACCCAACACACUGAACUAGAAGAACAGAUCCAAGAGAAAGACUCCGAAAUAAUGCAUCUCAAGCAGCGAAUCGAAGAUCUUAUGCGCGAAGACCAAACCGAGAAACUUGUCUUGGAAAUUCUAACCAAAAAUCAAGAAAUCCACAUGCUCAAGAUGCAAGUGAAGAACCUUGAAGAUGACAAACAGGAGUUGGAGCACAACUUAACGAUGCAAAUUACCCAAGAAAUAAAAACAAAACAAGUUGAUGAUUCGGCGGAAAAAAUCCAUAAGCUGGAGGAAGAGUUGGAAAAUAUGCGCAUAGAAAAAGGACACAUGGAAGAGGAACUUCAAGUUCUCAAUAACCAUGUUAUGACAAGUUUGGAAAAUGAAGAGAAAAUGAAAUCUGUUAUUCUGGAACUUGAUACGAAGAACAUAGAAAUCGCUGAGUUAAGAAAUUCACUGGGAACGGUGGGAGGAGUACAGAAGCCAAUACCAACAGAAACAUCCUUAACCAAUGCCCAAUGGGAGGGUGUAGUGGAGCAACGAUGUGCUGAAAUAGCAGAAAUGUGGCGAGCACAUCUGGACAAUCGCGAAAAAGAAUUCAAUGAGAUCGAAAACAAACUUAAAAAAGAGUUAGAAGCUCUGAAGACUGGCCAGCCGUCCAUUCCAGAUGAGAGUAACGUUCGCGGUGAUGACAACGAAAACAGUUCUGCCUCUUCAUCCAAAGAUUCAACUCCCGAUCCAGAAGUAAUACAAAAGAUGCAACAGGCUCUGGAGAAUCAAGAAGUUGAAAUUGUCACUCUCAAGGAGCAGCUGGCGAUCAGAAGUGCCGAAUAUGCCCGCUUGGCUGCCCAAUUUGAUCCCUAUAAAAUGCAAUCAACAAUGUCUCACAGCAGUGGAUUCAGCUCAGAUGGACAGAGGCCAACACCAGUGGCCCCAAAUGCAUCGCAAGUACCAAAAUCCGAACUUGAUUUGGCUCUGUAUAUGCUACAUCAGAGAGAUAUGCGUUGCGAAGAGCUCACUCUGGAGCUGGUGCAUCUCUUAGAGGAGCGUGAUACAUUGCAACUGAAAUUGUCCAAUACAUUGCGGCAAAUGGAAGCGAUUCGAUCGCAAAGCGGCUCAGAACCUUCCCAAGGAGACUUUUCAUCGCCAACUGAGAGUCCAGAAAAACCCCAGUUACCACCUACAGUUCCUGCACAACCAGAGUCAGAUGAACUGAAUCAGAAGUUAUCGCAACUCCAUUCGGUGAGUCAUUCCAAGCGCUUCCAAGAAGAACGAGACAUGCGUCAACGUCAAAUGGAGCAAAUUCAACAGGACGUCGCAAAGAUGCCAUCUGAAGCUCUAUCCGAAUUAGUUGGCAGCGAUCUUUCUCAAUCAAGUCAAUCACCAUCAUCUGUACUUCUUAACUGGCUUUGGGGCAGUUCAAGUGGGGGACAAAGUUAAUAUUUGCGAUCGAUCUCCCAUGUGGAUCAUGUGGAGAAUCAAUUACUAUCGCAGAGUUCCAACGAAACCACAACCACUAAAAGCCAUUACUUAUCACAGCAGCAAAUGACGCAGCUAAAAACAUCUCCUGGCACUCAGUGGUGCUAUUAAUAAAAUUCUAAACAAGAUAUUAUUAUUCAUAUAAAUAAGUAAAUGUUCUAUUUUGAUUGUUUUAUAUUAUUAUUUUUCUUUUUGCCGUACACCUACAACAUAGUUGAAGAAAAUGCAUCCUUAAAAGGUACCUUAAUCUGUUCUUAUUUUUGUUUUCUCUUUUCUUUUUAAUCUAAGACUUUUGUAAAUAUAUUAACAUUGGAGUUCAAAGAAUAACAACAAAAAUAAUAAAGUUAUAA